AUGGUGAAGACGGCAGGGAGCGAAGCGAACAUCCUGUACACCGCAAUCCCGCAAACGCUCUCGGGGUUGGUCGGCGGUAUCACUCAGCUUUUUGGCGCCAUGGCGAACGACCCAACGCUCGGGGCGGCGUUUCCUAACCUCGUCGCGGCGGCUCUUGGAGGGCCUACCGCUUUACAGGCGCUUGCAGUUGAACAAAUCUUCACAGCGAGCCCUCUUGGGGGACUAUCGGUGACCCAACUCGCUGCCUUGGGCGUGCCGGCGGCGUUUCUAACCGGCUUCCCGUCUGUUCCUGAAUACGCAUCUUGGGCCGCCACUCAGGCUUCUCAGCCCGUUUCUGUCGUCGCGAUAAGCUCGCCGACGUCGAGUGCGCUGUAUCAGGCCGUUGUCGGCGAUUCCACGGGCAUGACAGCCGUGGGUAUGCUGACUAUGGACACGACGACAUUGGCGGCGACGUUUACGAUCUCGGCGCUUCACGCGCAGCUUUGGAAAGGAUACCUGACUCAUAUCUCGUCGACCUACGGAGCGAACGCGUUUCAAGCGUCUCUUGGACCCGCUCUUGGCCCACAAUCUAGCGGAAUGUUGAUCAAACGCACCGUUCGAGAGUGGAUUUUUGGAUACGAGGAUCCCGUCGUCUCCGCGCAGUAUGCGGCAAACGAUCCUAGAAGACUCAUUCGAUCGGUGACAAAGAUUCGCAACGCGACGACGAUCGACGACGAUCACGUGCCGUGGAGUGUGAAUGAUACUUCUACGUGGGCUUAUGUCUACGGAUCUACGCCCUAUCGCAUCGCAACCGGCGUGAACUCGCCCGAGAACGCGACGAAUGUGUUGCGCCGUUCUGACGGCGCCGCGGGACCAAUCACGUACCCUCACACGUCGCAUGUCGAGAACGUCGUAGGCAAAACAAUUGCUUCUGGACAAUAUCACGCUAUUAAGAUCCACGGAAGUUCAGUUGAUGUCGUUGCCUGGGCAGAUUUUGGCAUGGGAUUAGAUUUGAAACGCUCCCUCACGCUGCGACACCAGCAAGGCAAGACGGUCAAGAAGAAUUCCAAGGUCUCUGUCGAAACGUACGCUAUCGCGCACGAAGAGUUCUUGGCUUGUCCAGUAGAUCAGACUGCGUGUGGGCGCAACACGGAAUUUCACGGCACGUUCAACGUGAGCGGGUUCGAGCUCAUCCCGAGUGUGUACACGCUUCCUCACGGUCAUCGAGCCGACCCCCGAGUCUUCGGCGGGUACAUCGAUCCGACCUCUUCUUCAUCUCCGUUCGCCCCGAACGCCACGAUACAUGAUAUCGAGAUCAUGAUUUACGAGCGCAGCGGUAACACCGUGGGCAUGCGAGUUCCGAUCCAACAAAACUUCAAAAUUGACCCGACGGAUACUUUCUACACCACGCUCUGGUCCGGCGCCUCGAGCGGUGACGAAGCCCUCGUUCCAAUCUCCUGGACCAGCCUCGAGUACGACAUGGACGAGGCGUUUUACGAUGAAAUCAAGGAAACGAUCGACUUCAUCGAGAUUCUUGUCGCAGUGUGGCGAUACGUCUCCCCCAUUGUGUCCCUCUGCCUGAUACUCGUCUCCGGCGUCACGCUCUACGUGAGACGUGCCCUCGAUCGCCGUCUCAUCGACGGCGAUCGAUACGCCGUGGAAGCCGUUCAAAAUAAUUCUCGAGCGAUGCAGUCUUUCUCCGACAAGAACCUCGUCUCGGCGCUGAAAAAGAAGAAUUCCGAGUUGGACCCCAACCAGACCGACGCCGCGCCAGCUUCGGCGACCAAGGUCGCGUUCGCCGUGUGA